GUUCUCCGAAGAGCACGCGCCGACUCCUCGCGUUCUGCUGCUGUCGUGAGCGGCAGAACUGAGUGGAACAUCAUGGCAGCAGGGAGGCUGAGCUUCAGGAACAUCACUGCCCUGGCUCCCAUGGUCCGGGUGGGGACCCUGCCCAUGAGGCUACUGGCUCUGGACUACGGAGCUGAUGUGGUUUACUGCGAGGAGCUGAUCGACAUCAAAAUGGUCCAGUGUCAGAGGGUGGUGAACGAGGUUCUGCAGACGGUGGACUUUGUGGCUCCGGACGACCGCGUGAUGUUCCGGACAUGUGAGCGAGAGAAGGACAGAGUCGUCUUCCAGAUGGGAACCGCUGAUCCGGACCGAGCGCUGGCCGUGGCUCGUCUCGUGGAGAAGGACGUGGCUGCGGUCGACGUGAACAUGGGCUGUCCAAAGGAAUAUUCCACCAAGGGAGGGAUGGGAGCUGCUCUGCUGUCAGACCCUGACAAGAUAGAGGCGAUCCUCACAAAGCUCGUCACAGGUGUUUCCAUUCCAGUCACCUGUAAAAUCAGGAUCCUGCCCUCGGUGGAGGAAACGAUCAGUUUGGUGCAGAGGAUCGAGAGGACGGGCGUCGCCGCGGUCGCUGUCCACGGCAGGUUUAAGGAAGAGCGCCCCCGACACCCCGUCCACUGUAACUACAUCCAAGCCGUUGCUCGGGCUGUUUCCAUCCCUGUCAUCGCCAAUGGAGGUUCUCUGGAUGUGGUGAAGACCAACGCUGACAUCGAGCACUUCAGGCGGGCGACCGGCGCCUCGUCGGUCAUGUUGGCUCGCGCUGCCAUGUGGAACGUGUCCGUGUUCGUCAGUGAAGGUCCACUUCCUGUGGAGAAGGUCAUGGAGGAGUAUCUCAAAUAUGCGAUCCGGUACGACAACCACGCCUUCAACACCAAGUACUGUCUGUGUCAGAUGCUGCGGGACAAGGUGGAGUCUCCUCUGGGGAAGCAGGUGCAGGCCGCUCAGACCAACGCGGAGAUCAGCGCGGCGUACGGCCUGCACACCUUCUGCCGACAUGUGCAGGAGCAGCAGCAGACCAGGAGGGCGGCGCUGCAGAGCGGCGGGCAGAGCGAGCGGCCGGUCAUGGACGGAGACGUCACCACCGUGGCCGUCAAGUUUGAACGGAGGAAUUAUCCGCCUCAGAUCACUCCAAAGAUGUUCCUGCUGGAGUGGAGUCGCAGAGAGCGAGUGGAGCAGCCGCUGUACGAGACGGUGAGAGGCGACGACGACCGGACGGUCACAGAAGACUUAAAAGUGUUAUUAACGCGACGCUUGUGUUCUCGCGUGUGUUCGCAGGUGCAGCGCUCGCAGGACCGAGGCUUUCAGUCGACUGUGACUGUCGCAGGAAAGAGAUUCAGAUCAACACUGUGGGAGAAGUCCAAAAAGUUUGCAGAACAGGCGGCCGCCGUCGUCUGCCUGCGAGUUCUGGGAAUCCCCGAGGGUCGCAUCGGCGAGGAAGACUCAGGCUUGGUCUGCAAGAGGAAGAGGGACGGGAAGACGAACGGCGGCGCGGAGCAGCAGCAGGAACAGAGCAAGAAACGGCACCUGGGUGACGUCCAGCAGGAAACGCAAAGCUCAGCGACUCCAGCGUUGGCGAACGGUGACCAUCGUGAGGCGGACACGCCUCCAGAGCAAGCGCAGCCUUAGCGACGCGCUUGUAAUAUUCCGUGAUUCGACGAGGACCUGGUUCGGUGUAACGGCAACGUAACGGAAACACCUUAGAUUACAAACAUUGUGUUGCGUUUCUUUCAUUGAUUCUACACACUGCUCCUUUAAACUGUUUACAUAGUUUGACGUCAGGAUCAACUGAGAGAGAAGAAAAUCACUCUAAUUGUUUUUUAUAAUUUCACCAGAAGACGUCAAUGUGGAUUAUUUCACAGCCAGCAGGGGGCAGCAGCGCUGAAUCAUCUCAGAUAUGACUUUUUUACCUUGGUGCCUUAAAGAUAAUCAAUGGUUUACUUUUGUUUUUAAAUUACAUUUGUUUUAAUUGGCCUUGAACUCAUCAUUUCACCCGCGUUUGAUUUCAUGAAGUUCUGAAUCGUCCGCGUCUUCCCCACAAUUGUCUUAAUUCCCCCCAAAAUAAACUUUGGUUUUUUUAAUCUGGGAUUUUUUUCCCCCAGAUUAAAGGAAGAGACAGAAACAGCGAUUGUGUUUGUGUGAGCAGCUGCGGCCACUUCGUCACGUGACACACAUUAUUCAAAUAAACACAGGAAAGGACUCGAGUGUUGCGUUCAAGUGACUCCGACCACUUCGUUGUUCACCGUUUCCGAUGCUGGUGAUUUAAAUAAAAGCAUAAUUUGA